AGUAUCUAGACGCAACGUAUGCCGCGCUAUCUACAGGCUCUCUCUGCAAACAUGGAUGUCUUGCCAUGCUUUUCCACAACAACGAAACGCACGGUAGCGUUGUAAAAUGGCGAACUUGUUUCGCUCUGUGAAUGUAUCUCAUACCGUGGAAAAUGGUGACAUUGUACCGAAGUUUGAAAUUCCGGUAACAAUAGCUUUAGAAUAUGAUCCACAUGGAAUAUGUGUUCGAUUUCGGAAAGAUUCUAAAUCAUGUGUUAUUCUCCUUGUUUUAGAUUCUGGGACAACAGAAGAUCUCACGGAGAUUCCUGUGGUUAGAAACACGGAAUGUGCUCGCAUAGGCUCUCUAACGUAUGUGAUAACUCUGGACACAGAGAGUAUUAUAUUUAAAUUUCGAGAUGCAGCAGAGGCGAGGAGAUUUCAUGAGAAUAUUAAUAAGGUCAAAUCAGGGAAAGGAACGUCAGUAUUUACAGAACGCACAGACGAUUCAUCAGCCAUUCAGUAUUUUCAGUUUUACGGGUAUUUAUCACAACAACAAAACAUGAUGCAAGAUUAUAUUCGUACUAGCACAUAUCAGCGUGCAAUUCUUGCUAACCUUGACGACUUCAAAGAUAAAGUGGUACUCGAUGUUGGUGCUGGAUCAGGAAUUCUUUCUUUUUUUGCAAUCCAAGCUGGGGCAAGACGUGUUUAUGCAGUAGAGGCUAGUACAAUGGCCCAACAUGCAGAGAGUUUGGUAAACGCUAACAAUUUGAAAGGAAAAAUUGUGGUGAUUGCUGGAAAAAUUGAAGAAAUAACAUUACCUGAGAAAGUUGAUGUAAUAAUUUCUGAACCUAUGGGGUAUAUGCUGUAUAAUGAACGCAUGUUAGAAACAUAUCUACAUGCUAAGAAAUGGCUGAAAGAUGAAGUGUUGGGCACAACAGGUGUGAUGUUCCCAAGCCGGGGUGAUUUGCAUAUAGCACCGUUUACUGAUGACAACCUCUAUAUGGAGCAGUAUCAACAAUGUUUUCAUGGAGUAGACCUGAGUAGUCUCAGGCAUGCAGCUAUGAAAGAAUACUUCAGACAGCCGAUUGUGGAUACAUUUGAUAUGCGAGUAUGUAUGGCAAAAUCGGUGCGACAUGUUGUGGAUUUCCAAGCAGCAAAAGAAACAGACCUUCACCGAAUUGAAAUACCUCUUCAGUUUCAUCUACUGGAAUCUGGCACUGUUCAUGGUCUUGCAUUUUGGUUUGAUGUAGCUUUUAUAGGAAAAAACUCAACAGUGUGGUUGUCAACUGCACCAUCCGAGCCUCUUACACAUUGGUAUCAAGUUAGAUGCUUACUAGAGACUCCAAUUUUUGUGAAGGCUGGCCAACUUUUAACAGGCAGAGUUUUGCUAGUUGCGAAUCAAAGGCAGAGCUAUGAUGUGACAAUAGAAUUGUGUGUAGAGGGGACAGGCACACGAUCGUCAAACACGUUAGAUCUGAAGAAUCCAUACUUCAGGUACACAGGACAAGCUGCACAACCUCCUCCUGGAGUAAACCAUUCUUCACCAAGUGAAGCGUACUGGAGCCAAUUAGAUGCUCAAGGUGCUCGCCAGGCUGUGAAUAUGGUCAAUGGUAUUUCUGUGAAUGGCCUAGGCGAGGUGGCCCUUGAUGCCACUCAGUCUGCAACCAACCUCAUGGGACUGGGUAAGCAACUCAGCCAUAAUCUGAUCCUAGGAAGCCAACCAAAUAUCCAUCCAGGUUCCAUCACAAGUACUGGUCGACAGAGAAUUGGAUCUGGAACAGCUACAUCUACACAAGCUGCCCAGUUGAUUGGUGGUGGAAUUUCUCCCACGUUAUUUACAUCCCCUCAAACCCAUCAAUUAGUGCUGGGAAAUACAUCUCAUUAUCCUGUCAACAACAGCCUAAUGAUUGGCGAUUACGUCACACCGGGGAGCACAGUGCUCUCCGCCCAGAGUUAUCGCCAGUGAGCUUAAUUUCCAAGAAUGUACACUAAAUUUCAUAAACAGCCAUGCACACUGAACUACCUCUGGGCAGCCAUUGACAGACAAGUGUGGUUCUUGUGGGUGCCGUCACUUGUUGUCACUGUGAAUAAUCGUUCUGUGAGGUUGAAAAGACUGACUAGCCUACCUAGAUUUAUUGUCUCCUGUAUUGUUCGAACUCUGUAAAGACAGUUUUUGGAUGCUCCCUUGCCAGUGCAGUUCAUUCAUCCAUGUCCAUUUAAGAAUGAAGUAUUUCAAAGAGGAGAAGAACCAGAAUACUAAUCAUAUUGCUGGCAUUUGUGAACUGUAAAAGAUACUCAACUUCUGCCCUAUGUUUAAGCCAGCUAAGUAUAUGUGUUUGCUUACGAGCAAUUAUCCAAGGAGUUGCAGAUUUCAUAGAUGCACGAGUUAGUCUGAAAAUUUGGGAAGACAGUCAACAAAACAUGUCUUGUUAAUUCUGCACUAGUGUUUGUGAUAGCACUUUCAAGAGAAUGAACCAGGAUAAAUUUUCAGUUGGGUCAGGUGGCUGUGCUUUUAUUCAGAACAUAAACAUGUAUUAUUGCCAAAUUUUGCUUGUGAAACUGAAAAUAAUAGCAAAAUGUCUGGAUAUUAGUUAGAUGCUGAAGUAUUUACUGAUCAUUGUGAUGCACUUUGUGUGUAUUGAAGUUAAAAGCUCUUUGGAGGCUGAGAAGUAGACAUUAAGGGUCGUCCAUAAAUUAUGUAAUGCUCAAAAGGAGGGGGUGGGGGUUUUAGGCUGUCUUACGUGGCGUUACCUAGGAGUAGGGAGAUAUUACUUUAUUGUUACAUACAUUGAUCCCCACCCAACAUUUGCUGAAAUAAUUAUUUUUUGUCCUUUUCUAAAACAUUAAAAUAUUAAUCAUUUUAUUUGUUUUAAAAACAAAUGAAAUGAAGUUGUUAGAUGUAAAUUGUUACAAUAAAUCGGAAUAUGUUUUCAUUGAUUUUUUUAUUGUAUCUGUAAGAUUACAAAGAAAAUAAUAAAAACUGUUACCAAUUUAAAUUGGCGCAGUAUAGUUGCCCAUGCAUCAUCCGGGAUAGUGUGUACAAGGCUUGUGAUACUUUUGUUUUUCAUUUAUGCGUCCUUCCUUCACUCACUUCUUGCCUCUAGUUUUAUUGUUAGGUGCAGUCAGUAUCACCUAAUUCUGAUUUUAAUUAUCGUAAAUUGUAAUGCACAACACAAAGUAAAUACAAAUUAUUGUUUUUACUGUGCUAUAAUUGAUUUUCACUUGAAUUACAAGGGGGUUGCAAGUAUUACGUAAUUAUAAUGGGGGGUUCAAGCGCGACAUUACAGGUGAGUUACAUGGAGGAGAGGUGGUAUUGAAAAUACUCCAAAUUUGAGUUAUGUAAUUUGUGGACGGCCCCUUGGUACAUUUUCUUCCAAAUUAAUUAUUUUGCUUGACUAUGUCUGUUGCUUCAAUUAUAAAAAACAAUACUUUGUGUAUUUCUGAGGUUCUCUUUUAUUGAACAGGUCUAGUUUCUGUAACAGGUGUAUUAUAAUUUUUUAUUUAUUAUAUGGAUGUUUUCUCUAACUGUUACUCAAUUUCUCUAACUUCUCAACAAUUAUACAUAUAUAUCAAGUAGUGGGAGAUCAAUCCAAGAAGUUGUCUGAAAUAUUCUAAACUAAUAAUUCUGUGAUGAUAGUCAUUACAUCUGUCUGUCAUAUUACAAAACACUUUUUUUCUGGCCUCCAAUAAGCUAGUGAUUUAUUUCUUUGUUAAGAAUAUUAAUAGGUCACAAAAAUAAUGGCUCAAUUGUUUCCUUGUUACUACUUAUGUUGUCUGGAGAAUAAACUGAAUACAUUUAAACUAAACAGAUAUAAAUUGCUACCGCUCCAGUGAUAUAAACUGUUGUUUGCAAAAGAGGAAAGUCAAAUGUAAACAGUAAAUCUCUUGUAAUUCAGAGUUGACGUUACAGGAAAGUUCCAUUUCAAAACGUCUGAUUUCCAUUUCUAAAUAUUUCAAUGCUUCCAAGUGCAGAAUCAUUGUAUUCUCACAAUUGUCAGUAAAAUUAUGAAAAUAAGAGAACAAAACUGCAGUUAAAUAUUGUAUGUUUGGGUCCAGCUUGUGUGCAAAUGUCAAAUUUGAUGGACAAGCUUUGUUGGCUGCCUGUGUGAUGGAUCGUUACACCUAAGAUAUUUCAGAUGGUAAGAAUUUUAUACUUCUGUAUAUUCCAUGUUAUGUUUGCGUUGUUCUGGCUGUGGCAAAUGCACCCUUUUUCCUGAUUGCUUGGGUGCUGUUCUCAGAUUUUCAGACUAUCAUACAGGAUAUGUUUGUUCAUUUGCAUUCCAAAUCCAGUUUGUUUGUUUUGUUUUGUUUUUUACCAUUCUGAUGAAAUGUGUGAGCGUGUACUUUUUUUAAACAUUUCAUAGGAUAUAGUAAUGUCUAGCAAAUUUUUAAACUAUUUUAGUGUUGUAUAUUUGUAGAUUGAUAUGUAGGCAGCAGAGUCACAUCCAUGGUCACAAAAAGUGAGAAUGGGUUGUGAUAAUUAAUUUGUAAGAGGAAACAAUUGAAAAAAUUUCUGUAGCACGCGUUAGAAAAUAUGUGUAGCAAUAUCAUUUGAAAGUAUGUGCAACAAUUUAUAGAAUAUUCUGCUGUGCAGAUGUUCAAUGUUUAGUUCCUCUCAGAAUGUCAUUGGGAAAAUUUCUGUGACAUAAUUCUGAUUCUGGGCACCUGAUGGUGACCUCUCAUUGGAUUUUUGCAUCUUGUGAUGCUAAUUCCAAAUGCUCAACGCUAGUUUAUUAUCAUGCAUCCUUAUGAAUAAGAAUUCAGCUUAGUUUACAAUAUUGGACGUUGUGUCUGUGGGCAAUAUUGCCAUUUUUCUUUGCUCCUCAGUUUCCAUGCCUCUGAGUUUUUAUUUAUAUUUCAACAUGUAGAUACUUUAUGGAAUUAAAUUCUUGCUUCUUGUGUGCUUGCAGCAAAAUUUGUUAUGACCUAUUUUUAAUGUGUGUAUAAUGGUAUUCAGAAUUGAGAAAUGUUAAAUCAUGAAUAUGUGUAAUUUCAGAAGCAUAUCCUCUAAUUGUUUUAAAGAGCACUUUUUGUGUGUUGCAAAGUUCAGGGUGUCUAACAAACAACUGUGCUAGAAGUAAGUCUUGUAUGUGGUCAUAUAAUUCACAUAAUACAUACACAAUACACUGUGUAAAGUUUUAGAAAUAUAUCGCACAAAAGAAAUAUCUGUAAUGUGUUCGUGUCAAUUUAACUAGCUACCUUAAGGGUAACCAUACUUCUUAGAACUCAGACCUUCCAGUUGAGAACACCUAAUGGUGGAUCUAUAUUAAUGUUCGCAUUGAUUUAAUUUUACAUAAAGUGAAGCCUAAAGUUAUGUCAGGGAUAUCCUGCACAAUCUUGUAAAUGAAAUUUAUUACUUGUACUAUUCUUUCCUCAGAAGAUUUUUAAUUUCUUUCUCUCAUGUCUCUGUUCCUCUCUUUUUUUCUUUCUUUUAAAUCAGGAAUUUGCCUUUGUGCCAGGAUUUAAGUGAUUUACCCUAAAGGCAUAUUUUUUUAUUGACAGACUUUUCUUGUUUCUGAAAUUUUUGUAAUUGUUGUUUCUUCCCAAUUUUUCUUUUCCUUUUUAUUGUGCAAAUUUUUUUAACAAAAUUCCAUAUUCUUAUUUUUUAAUAUUAUAGU